AUGGCAGUCUCGAUUGACAACGAAAAACGUGUCACUCUAUUUCAAUCAAUCGGUCUUAAUGAACAAAAAGCUCGAGAAACAUUAAAAAAUCAUAGUAUAACAUAUUUACUAGAAACUACUAUUAAUCAAGCUAAAACAAUUUUACCUAAUGAAAAUCAAAUUUCAAAAUCAAUUGGAAAUCUUUUAUAUUCUCUAUCAACAAAAAGUAAACAACAAAUAUAUCAUUUACAUGACUAUUUAAUCAGAUAUAUUUGUGAAGAAAAAAUUAAAAAUGAACAACAAUUAAUAGCUGCUAUUGAUUAUCUUUUAACAAACCCAAUUGAACCAAUCGAUCUAAAAGCACUAGAAGAAAGUGCAGGUAUUGGAGUCAUUGUUAAUGCAGACGAUAUUAAAAGGGUGGUUGGAAAAGUAAUUGAGCAAAACAAAACAAAAUUAAUUGAACAAGGUUAUGAUUUCUCGAUUAGUACACUUUUAAAUGAAGUUCGACAUUAUUUUAAAUGGAUAGAUGGAAAAUUACUUAAAAUUGAAAUGGAUAAUCAAUUAAAAAUAAAAAUAAAAAUAAAAAAAAAUUAUCAAUUUUAA